AUCGAAGGGGAAGCUCGGGGCUCUCAGACACUAGCGCAGAAAAGAAUAAAAAGCGGAGAGAGAGAGCGAGAGAGAGAGAGAGAGAGAGGGAGUGAGCGCUGGAGAGAGAGUGCGAGAAAAUUUGGAGGUUCACACUGCUGCGUUAAUGGCGGUUAGGGUUUUCUACUAAUCACCGGGAACCUAAUCACCUCCUUCUAUCCCCCAAUCUUUUUUCCCCGCCCUCAAAACCCUAAUUUAACAUUUUUUUAUCCAGUCAGCCUGUUCUAUACGGUCUCCAAUCCAAAUACUCAAUUUUAGCUCCGAAUUCGAAUCGCAGACUGAGGAGCUACGAUGGGCGCGCCAGAUAAAGCGCCGGUCAAUUCCAAUUCGAUGCAGCGUGUAAAGGUUUACCGUCUGAGUGAGGAUGGAAAAUGGGAUGAUCAGGGAACUGGUCAUGUCACAGUUGACUACAUGGAGCGUUCAGAAGAGCUGGGUUUGUUUGUUUUUGAUGAAGAAGACAAUGAGACAUUACUUCUGCAUCGAAUCAGCUCGGAUGACAUUUACAGAAAGCAAGAAGAUACAAUUAUCUCAUGGAGGGAUCCAGAAUAUUCUACUGAAUUAGCUCUCAGCUUUCAGGAGCCUACAGGCUGCUCUUACAUAUGGGACCACAUAUGCAGCGUGCAAAGGAAUAUACAUUUUAAUUCUCUUAACAAUGAGACAUUUCACAAUGCAAACAGUGAGUUGAGGGAGCUCCCUACGGUUGAGCUAUCCACGCUUCCUUUAAUCCUUAAGACUGUUGCUGAGAGUGGCAUUGCUGACCAGAUGCGAUUGACAGAAUUAGUAUUGACUGAUCAAGAGUUUUUUCGGAAGCUCAUGGCCCUAUUUAGAAUCUGUGAAGACUUGAAAAAUGUUGACGGUCUUCACAUGAUAUACAAAAUAGUAAGGGGGAUCAUUCUCCUGAAUAGUCCUCAGAUCUUUGAGAAAAUAUUCGGUGAUGAUUUAAUCAUGGAUAUCAUCGGUUCCCUUGAGUAUGACCCUGAAGUACCUAAUGUCCAACACCAUCGUAACUUUUUGAAAGAACAUGUUGUUUUUAAGGAGGCCAUACCGAUUAAAGAUGCUAUGGUGUUGUCAAAGAUACACCAGACGUAUAAAGUUGGAUAUAUAAAGGAUGUUGUUUUGGCUAGAGUAUUGGAUGAGGCCACAGUUGCAAAUCUCAAUUCCAUUAUUCAUGCAAACAACGCUAUUGUUGUUUCUUUGCUAAAGGAUGACAGUACCUUUAUUCAAGAAUUGUUUGCUAGGCUACGGUCACCAUCCACCUCCGCAGAAUCUAAAAAGAACUUGGUAUAUUUCUUGCACGAGUUUUGUAGUUUAAGCAAAAGCCUGCAGAUGGUCCAGCAGCUUCGGCUAUUUAGGGAUCUCAUGAAUGAAGGAAUCUUUGACAUUGUAACUGAUGCGUUGCAGAGUCAAGACAAAAAGCUUGUAUUAACCGGGACAGAUAUCCUCAAUCUUUUCAUGAAUCAGGAUCCAAACCUUCUGCGUUCAUAUGUUGUUCGUCAGGAAGGAACUCCACUUUUAGGACUCUUGGUUAAAGGAAUGAUUACAGAUUUCGGAGAGGACAUGCAUUGCCAGUUUCUUGAAAUUCUUCGUAGUCUACUAGAUUCUUACACUUUGUCAGGAGCUCAGAAUAUGAUGAAUUUUUUGGAUUAUCACAAAUUCAGAAGUUUCAUACAUAAAGCUUUGCAUGGAGUUUGCAAUACGAGAGAUGCAAUUAUCGAGAUAUUCUAUGAGAAGCAUCUGGGGCAGUUGAUUGAUGUUAUAACAGCGUCAUGUCCUUUGGAAGGCAAUGGUCAAUCAACCGAUAGAUCUUCCAUCUCUGGUGGAAGAGUUGAAAGUCAGAGUGUUGCGAAGCCUGAAAUAAUAUCAAAUAUAUGCGAAUUGCUUUGCUUUUGUGUACUUCACCAUCCAUUCAGAAUAAAGUGCAACUUUCUGCUUAAUAAUGCGAUGGAUAAAGUUUUGUUGGUUACAAAAAGAAGGGAAAAGUAUCUAGUUGUUGCUGCAGUUCGAUUUGUUCGCACUAUUCUUUCACGUCAUGAUGAGCAUCUGGUAAAUCAUAUUGUUAAGAACAACCUUCUCAAGCCAAUUGUCGAUGCAUUUGUUUGUAAUGGAAGUCGAUAUAACCUGCUGAACUCGGCUGUUUUAGAACUUUUUGAGUUCAUCCGCAAGGAAAACUUGAAGUCUUUGGUUAAAUACUUGGUUGAUUCCUUCUGGGAUCAGUUGGUCAGAUUUGAGAAUUUUGCAUCUGUUCUCUCCCUCAAAGUAAAAUAUGAGCAGUGCCUAGAACAUUUUGGAACCAAAGGCACUGCUAAUGUGUCAGACCCUAGAAAACGAAAUGAUGAGCGAGCUUUGGAGAAAGAAGAAGAAGAAUAUUUCAAUGAGGACAGUGAUGAAGAAGAUACGGCAUCUGCAUCAAUGCCAAAUACCCAAAAAGUACAGGCUCAACCUCAACCUGUUUUAUCCAAUGGAGUUGCUGCAAGUUAUCCACCAUCCAGUCCAAGGUCUGUCGGGCUGGUAGAUUAUGAUGAUGAUGAGGAUGACGAAGACUACAAGCCACCUCUCAGGAAACAUCCUGAACCUUCUGAUGAAGAUGAAGGAACAAUGGGGUCCCUUAGGUUGAAGCGGAAAUUGGCUUCUAAGGAUAUCGAGCUAGCAAAGAGGCAACGGUUGGGUAAAAAUUCCAAGCCAAAAGAAAGUGUGUUUGCUGCUUUGUGUACAACUCUAAGCCAGGCAGUGCUACCUAAUAAGAAAAUUGCAAGCAGCAUCAAUACAACCCGCACAGCUGACGGAGUCAACAACUCACGUGAAGGGAAAAAUCAAGAGAAUGAUGAGCAUGCUGUUUCUAAAAGCUGUUCUGAUAACAGCAAUUCAGAUGAUGCGGAUAAUAGGGAAAAUGAGCCUACUAGUUCUAGGGGCUGCUCGGAUCACUUGCAUGGCACUUCGGAGAAUAGACAAUUGGGUGGAGAGGACUGCCCGUUGAUACCACCGAAAUCUUCACCGGAAAUGGCUGUAAAUGGGUCGUAAGUUAUAUUUAGCCAAUGGGGUGACUACUACGUGUUCUUUAUGAAGACUGUGAAUGCGUGCUUGGUGCCAGAAAGCGGUGCCAGCCCACAGAUGAACAUACUUUGGAAGAGAGCAAGCGAACCGACAUUGAAGAAAGAGAGGAUGAAUUUGGUCUAUGGCCUCCAUCGACAAUGGUAGGAGCGAAUACUGUAUAGUGCCAUUGCGACGCGGAAGAAAAAAAGGCAACAAAAGAAGUCAUCCAGUGUGGGGGUACUAUCAUCAACUCUUCAGUUGGCCUUAUUGGGGCUUUGAAGUACUUUGGUUUUUUGUAAAACAUUCAUCAGCAUUGAUUCUCUAUAUCCAAGUUUUGUGCUUUCUUUAA